AAUACGAACAGUAAGAAGCGGAGGAGGAAGGAAGCUGGCGGCGGUGAAGACGAGAGUAAGCUGAAGAAGACGAAUGCGGUGAAGGAUAUUCUCAGCUCGCUUGUGCUAUUGGACGAGGAGGAGAAGCAGGAGCAGAAUCAGUGGGUCGUGGAGUCGCAGCACGAUAAGGCCUUGUUCGAUUCCAAUCACGAUCAGAAGGUGCGAGUUAUGAAUGAAUUUAAUUCCAAUAUGCAGACCCAUUUCUCCAAUUUGGAUAAUUUGGACCAAUCCAGGGCCAAGAGCUCCCGCCGCUCUGCUUCCGCCGUCGUCGUCGCUGUCGCAUCCGCCGCGGCUGCGGUUGCGGCGGGUUCGGGGGAUUCGGUUCAGAGUGGUGGUGCGGGAGGUGGGUCGACGAGCGCCACGCUGCCGCAGCAGCGGCGGUUGUGGGUCAAGGACAGGUCAAAGGACUGGUGGGAUCGGUGUAACCAUCCCUAUUUCCCCGAGGAGGAGUUCCCCAGAGGUGCAAUGAUUUGCCCAUUUUUGUAA